UGGGAUGUGUUGCUCAUCAGGAAAAGUGAAACUUCCAGAAAUUGAAACACCGCCGGAACCAUUGCACGGCCUCCUUAUUGGUACUGAUCCAAAUUCUUCGCUGUUCUUGCGUUCAAUUCGGCAAUUCAAUUCAUGUUUUCAAAUGACAUCGUUCGGAGCAACGGAAAUAGUUAAAAAUACUGCUGCAAAUUUAAUUCCACAUUCAAAAUCAAAGGCCAAAUUUACCACAAAGUCGGCUCAUUACUACCAAUGCCAAGCGAACCUUAUAAAUUUUUACAAAUUUACUUUAUGGGUGGCGAGGACUCCGAACGGGCACUCGCCAAUCGCGUGAAUACACGUUGCAACUAUAAUCACCUCAAUUCACCAUUUGCAACGCGCAUUGUCAGCGAGCUGGACGCUCUGUUAAAUGAGCACAACGAAUUGUUGAAAUUAUUCAAAUCACAUAUGCAUAAGCUACAAAGUGACAAUCACGCUAUUUUCAUCAAUCCUGAUAGAACACCAGCUGGAGGGCAUAUACGUCGAUUCAACGCACCUGUUGUUGACGACGUGGCUGGAAUCAUGGUUGGCGACCAUACAGCUACGCGACAAAUCGUGAUUCGAAGAAGAAAUAAUUCUCUUCAGUCCAUUCCUGAUACCCAUCGUUUAUAUGAUGCUCUCCAAUAUCCACUCAUUUUUUGGAAGGGACAAGACGGAUAUUGCAUAAACCUUAAGCAACGAGAUCCGGUAACAGGAACCGAAACAAACAAGAAUAUUAGCUUAAAGGAUUUCUAUUCGUUUCGGUUGAUGAUUAGACGUGGUCAGGAUAAUAUCAUUCUACGAUGUCGUGAGCUUUGCCAACAAUUUAUGGUCGAUAUGUACGUCAAGAUAGAGAGUGAACGACUACGAUACUUGCGAUUUAACCAACAGAAGCUGCGUGCGGAAGAAUACAUUCACUUGCGAGAUGCUAUCCUACCAUCAUCGUACAUAGGUAGUCCACGUCACAUGCAAGAAUACAUACAGGAUGCUAUGGAUAUAAUAUGGAUAAUAUGGACGACCUUGCUUUUUUAUUACUUUUACAUGUAAUCCAAAAUGGCAGGAAAUUACAUCGUUAUUACCUGGACAAAGUGCAAUACAUCGUCAUGACAGGGCAUGUGAACAUGCGCCUUCAAACGCUUCAGGAUCCAUCCGCCGAAACUUUUUCGAAACAGCUAUUAGAUAUUGGCAAUGGGAAAGUUGCCGUACAUGAAAAUACUGGAUCAAUAAAAUUACCAACCGGUUUUUGCACGAUCGUCCACUCGCAAGAUGUUCUCAUCGACUGU